AUGGUGUUCUGGCGGCUGCUGUGCGUCUAUCUUGUUCUGGUCGGUGCCCUAGUUUUACCAUCACCACUGGUCCAUCACGCUGAGGAAGAAUACGAUCCGAUGCACCCGCAGCGGUUUCUGUUCGAGGAAGAUGAACCAGCGUCAGGUCAGCGCACAAAACGCGCUUCCGCGUCAAUGCCUAGACUCCGUUUCGAGCCGCCGACCCCUGUCGAGCAGCAUGCCCAGUACUGGAACAACCUCGCGCAGGACAUACUCGACCGGCAGCUGCACAAGAACCAGCUCAAUCGAAAGGUGGCCAAGAACGUAAUCAUGUUUCUCGGCGAUGGGCUCUCGAUACCUACGCUGGCCGCGACACGCGUCUACCUCGGUGACGAAAGCACGGAGCUCUCGUUCGAGCGCUUCCCGUACGUUGGACUGUCGAAGACGUACUGUGCAAACGUGCAAGUGGCCGAUUCGGCCUGCACAGCCACCGCCUACCUGGCCGGGGUGAAGGCCAACUAUGGGACCAUCGGACUUUCGGCGGCGGCCGCCCUAGGGGACUGUCAGGCGCAGAACGACACCACCAACCAUGUACUCUCGAUAGCGAAAUGGGCCCAGGAUGCGGGCUUGUCCACCGGAUUCGUAACGACCACCGAGGUAACGAACGCUUCGCCGGCCGGCAUGUAUGCCCACACAGCCAAUCGCAACUGGGAGUACAACGGCGCCAUCGAGAAGGACGGCUUUGAUCCGACCGUUUGCCAAGAUAUUGCCACCCAGCUCGUUCAUGGCGAGGUCGGCAAACAUAUGCGAGUAAUCAUGGGCGGAGGCCGACGGGAGUUCCUGCCGACCUACGCAACCGACAUCGAUGGCAUCCGGGGGCGGCGAACGGAUGGAAAGGAUUUAAUUAAACACUGGCAGCAUCACCACAAGCAGCACCGAUCUGCAUACGUGCAGAAUCGUAUCCAAUUACUCGAGACCGACACGGGCCGAGAUGGGACGGACUAUUUGCUCGGCCUGUUCAGUGCCAAACAUCUACCCUACCAUCUUGAUGCGGACCCGCAACAGAUCCCCACCCUGACCGAAAUGGUAUCGAAGGCGAUGGACAUACUCGAGCGCAACGACGAAGGAUACUUUCUAUUUGUGGAAGGUGGUCGGAUUGAUCACGGGCACCAUUACACUCAACCGAUAAGGGCCUUCGACGAGACGGUCGAGUUCGCCAAAGCCAUCGAGAUGGCACGCAGCCGCACGAGCCAGGAUAAUACCCUGAUUGUCGUUACUGCAGAUCACUCGCACACGAUGUCAAUGAGCGGAUACUCGAGUCGCAAAAAUGACAUCCUCGGAGUUAAUAAUGGCCAGCGGGCGGAUGAUGAGCUGCCGUACGCCACCAUCAGCUAUGCGAACGGUCCCGGGUACGAUCGGAACGUGCAUCGCGAGUCCCGCCUGGAUCUGAACCAAGUCGACAUGCGAGAUAAGUCGUUUGCCUUCCCGAGCACGGUGCCGCUCGGGCUGGAAACGCACGGUGGCGACGAUGUGGCCGUUUUCGCGAGCGGCCCUUGGGCGCAUCUGUUCAGUGGUACCUACGAGCAGCACUUUCUUCCCCACGCGAUGGCGUACGCGGCAUGCAUCGGCACCGGGCGCACCUCCUGCUCGGCGGUCGCUGCUGCGCGAUUGACCGCGAGCAAACGCGUUCUGUCUGUCGCGGCAAGGGCUUGUGGAAAAAUGCAAAACAACAUGAACCGAGCUGUAAAGGCCUCGCGAAAGUUUCCCUCGUCUCUAACGAGCCAGCACUAA